UGGCAGGCAAGGGCCCAGGCCCCUUCUGUGCCUCCUCCUAGCCCAACACGCAGCUUCCAAGCUCUACUAACGGCCUCUCGGGGUGUCUGGUGGGACUUAAAAUACUCCUUCAAUGAAAUCCUAGCCUCUCAGUCCGCUGCGACCCCGCAGCCCAUGGCCGAGCCCCAGAGUAGGGCGUGAAGCCUCUGGGGAGGCCAGGGUCGCUGCUCCCCACCUCCUCCAACGCGGUGCAAUCGGUCCCCAGGGCUCUACGGGAAGGGGACUGGUGGCCCCUGGAGCCACCCUGCCUUACAGGCCCUCCUCCCCAAAGACGUACUCCAGAAAUCUCUAGCCCUCUUGCAGCUGAGAGGAGCCCAGGAUCUCAGACCUAAACCAGUGAAAAAUACCCCUGAACAAUGGGUGAGACAUUCUCCCAGCUGGGCUCUCGGGAGAAUGAGAACAAGUCGAUCCUGUCCCCCGACCCAGCCUUUGGCAGCAAGGCUGCCAGCUACUCCAGCACCACCAGCAGCAAGCCUUUUUGUUCCUGUGUGCCUUGUGAAAGGGCUGCUGGUGUCAGCUUUGUGACUUGUCCCACCUGCCAGGGCAGUGGGGAGAUCCCUCGAGAACUAGAGAAGCAGCUGGUGGCCCUCAUCCCCUAUGGGGACCAGAGGCUGAAGCCCAGGCACACGAAGCUCUUCGUGUUCCUGGCAGUGUUCAUCUGCCUGGUGACCUCCUCUCUCAUCGUCUUUUUCCUGUUUCCCCGGACUAUCGCCGUGCAGCCUGUAGGCCUCAACUCCUCCACGGUGACUGUUGACGAGGCCGAUAUCCACCUCAAUAUAACGAAUAUCUUGAGCGUCUCCAAUAACAACUACUACCCCGUCGCUGUGACCCAGCUGACCAUUGAGGUUCUGCACCUGUCCCUCGUGGUGGGGCAGGUCUCCAACCGCCUUCUCCUCCGCAUCGGCCCUUUGGCCAGUGAGCAGAUGUUGUAUACGGUGGCCAACAGGAUAUGGGACGAGAACACAUACAAGAUCUGUACCUGGCUGAAAAUCAAAGUCCACCACGUGCUUCUGCACAUCCAGGGCACCCUGACCUGUUCCUACCUGAGCCAUUCAGAGCAGCUGGUCUUCCAGAGCUACGAAUAUGUGGACUGCCGGGGAAACACAUCCAAGCCCCACUUGCUGGUCCCUCGCCCGCCGUGACCUGUCUGCUGUCGUCGAGCUCCGGGCACCUGCCGGCCUGGUCUGUAUCUCCCACCACUCCGUGGCACCCAACGGGACGAGAGUGACUUUGCCAGAGGAAAAGCCCUGCUUUAUCAUACCCUCCCCCUGUUCACCCCCAGCAGAGGAAGCUUUCUGUGGACGUUAACUUCAUACACACACACACACACACACAGCCUCACACCCUCUCUGAUUUCCACAGGAACGGAAGCCUGGUUCUUCUCGAGGCCAGCACCAGAUAUUCCCCUUGGUCCUGAGGAAAGUCUGACCUGACAUUUCCUCAGAGCUGCCUCAGAGGCAUGGAGGGGCCCCCACACUUUCUGUGCUGAGCACCUUGGUUGCCCAGCUCGUCCAGGGAAGCCCUUCCUCCUGCCUGAAUGUGGAGAAAGCUUUCGUUUUGUCUG